AUGCCAGACUUAACACCAAUAUUUCGUAAGUAUGUCGCUGUUAUCGAUGAUGCUAGAAAAGAGCAAAGCGGUAUAGAUGAUCAAGUAGAAGGGAAACAAGAGAACUCUGGGAAUUCUGAUGGAAAGCGUGAAGUGGUUAGUGAUUCGUUCAUUAAGGAGUGUGCCAAAUUAUUGAAGUUCCUCAUUGAAUUAAACAAAGUGAUAAAACAGAUUGAAAAAAACUAUUUGGAUGAUUUAAAUAUGAGUGAUGUAGAAAAGGAUGAGUUUGACAUGGAAUGCAGGCUGCAAAUCCAACAAUAUUUUAAGAAGUUUGAAUUUCUAGAGAAUUACGAAAUGGAAAGGCAUAGUUUGUCGCUGAAAAAAUAUCAGUCAAAGCCUCACAGAUGGUCGAAUUUACUUUCCAAUAAAAAAGACGGCGGUAAGCAUCUAAUGCAUCCACAAGACGUAGAAAAUGGCGUCCAUGAAUUCAGACUAGGUAUCCUACGGUGCUUAAAUUUGUGGAUAAAAUAUGUUUCUUCCAAAUUUACAACCAUUCAACAGGAACGAUUGAUACUAGAGAAUAAGAUGAAUUUUAAUUCAACACCUCUACCUACUUUGUCCAACAAUGGGAAUGAUUUCUCUGCGGAUGCAAUAGACAUUUCAGUAUCACAAUCUGCUCCCGUAGAAACUGUACAAGACGAGGUAAAACAUUACGAAGAAACGAUAUCCAAACUAACCCAGGAGCAACUACAAGUAUUGGAGACAGAACAUUCGGAACUGCUAAAUCAAAAAAAUGAGCAAUUGAAAAAAGUAGAGACCAUAAACAAAACAAUCUUAGACAUUGUUAAUAUACAGAACGAAUUGUCCAAUCAUCUAACAGUACAAUCUCAAAAUAUCAAUCUAAUGCUGAACAAUCAAGAUGACAUUGAAUUGAAUAUUAAAAAGGGAAAUAAGGAGUUGCGUAAAGCGAAAAGAGCUGCUGGGAGAACUGCUAAAAUGACCACUUAUGGUGCCAUUAUCAUGGGUAUCUUUAUUUUGUUCCUAGAUUAUGUAGGUUAA